ACCCCCAAACCACCCCACAGACCCCCCUCCACAUCCACCCCACUGACCUCUCUCCCUCCAUCCCUCUCCCCCCCCAACAGGAUCUCGGCCUCCACCCCUCCCCGCCCGUCCCCCCACUUCCUACGGGCCGUGAAGGCCUUGCCCCCCCGCUUCACCCCGGACACCGCCGCCGACUACGGCGAGCUCCUGGCCGCCUACGGCACCCACUACAUCCAGUCGGCCCAACUGGGGGGCCGCCUGCGCGCCGUCACCGCCAUCCGCACCUGCCGGGCCACCGUGGCGGGGCUGAGCGCCCAGGAAGUGGCCGACUGCUUGAGGGUGGAAAUGGCCGCCAACGCCGGCCCCCUCCGGCUCCAAGCCAUGGCCACCGCCUGCAAGGAAGCCCGGGCAAGCAACCAGGCCAACGCCAGCUUCAACGAAGUCUUCAACGAGCGUUUGGUGGAGGUGGAAGGCGGCGAGGAGCACGGCGACCUACUCUACGGUAGGCCCGAGGCCUACUCAAGAUGGCUGCAGGGCCUGCCCCGCCUCCCCGGCCUGGUGGCGGCCAACGUCCGGCCCCUCCACACCCUCGUCCCCAAAUCCGACCGGCGGCACGGGGCGUUACGGGCGGCCAUCGGGCACUACAUCGCCUGGCGGGCCUUGCGGCUCAACUGCAGCCAGCCCUGCGCCGGCGGCGGCCAUCUUGUGGGCCCCUGCCAAUGCAGUUGCCCAGCCAACGCAGCCGUCACCGCCGGCUGCUGCUCGCGGCACCGGGGCACGGCGCGGGUGACGGUGCUGGUGCAGGAAGGGCAGGGGUGGCAGGGGGACCACUUUUCGGCCACCGACGCCUACGUCCGGGUGUUUCUGGGAGGCCGGCGGGCGCAGACGGCGCCGGUGUGGAACAACAACCACCCGAAAUGGCGGGCGCGCUUGGAGCUGGGGGUCCUCGACCUCGUCCCCGGCGCCCUCCUCAAAUUGGAGGUGUGGGACCGCGACAACGGGUGGGACGACGACCGCCUGGGGACCUGCACCGAGCCCGUGGAGGCCGGGCGGACCCGCGAGGUCGUCUGCUUCGCCGGGGGAGGCCACCUCAAGUUCAGCUACCUGGCGGCGUGCGGGCCGGCUUUGGGGGGGCCCCUCUGCCAGGACUACGUCCCGCAGCCCCCCCGGACCAACGGGGGGCUCUACCACCUCUCCCACUGGCCGCCGAGGCCCGGCGAUGGCCCCGUGACUUGGCCCACCCAAGAGGAAGAGGAGGACGAGGAAGAGGACGAAGGCGGGAGCCUCCACGGGGACUCUGGGGGGUCUCUGGGGGGGUCCUGGGACGAGGACGAUUCGUGGGAAGACCUCGAUGAUGGGGUGGACGGGGCCGGUGGCUCGAGGGAGGCUUCUGCGGAGGUCGAGUCCUCGCCUGGCCUCCAAGAUCCCUCUUUUGGCCUCAAAAAGGCUUCUCCAGACCUCCAAAAUCCCAAAUUCGGCCUCCAGGAGGAUCUCCUGGACCUCCAGGGUCCUUCAUCGGGCCUUGAGGAGACUUCUCCAGACCUCCAAGAUCCUUCUUUUGGCCUCAAAAAGGCUUCUCCAGACCUCCAAAAUCCCCAUUCUGGCCUCCAGGAGGAUCUUGCGGACCUCCAGGAUCCAUCAUCGGGCCUCGACGAGGAUCUCCCGGGCCUCCAGGAGCCCAGUUUUGGCCUCAAGGCUUCUCCAGACCUCCAAAAUCCCCAUUUCGGCCUCCAGGAGGAUCUCCUGGACCUCCAGCCUCCAUCUUCUGGCUCCGGAGAAG